GCCUUCACGGCACCGUGCUCAGUACUUGAAGUCCCGGCAAGCUCGGCGGCGUUUUAACUCCGCCUCUCUCCUCCCUCUGCUCGCGAGUCCCGCCCCAGCCUGCCCCGCCCCGCGCCGGGGCCGGAGCCGCAGCCCGAGCGGCGGGGUGACCAUGGAGGAAGAAGAUGAGUCUCGAGGGAAGACAGAGGAGUCAGGCGAGGAUCGGGGUGACGGUCCGCCAGACAGAGACCCUACGCUUUCUCCUUCUGCUUUUAUCUUGCGAGCCAUUCAGCAGGCUGUGGGAAGUUCCCUGCAGGGGGAUCUGCCAAAGGAUAAAGAUGGUUCUCGGUGUCGUGGCCUUCGAUGGAGGCGCUGCCGGAGCCCACGGUCAGAGUCCCGUUCCCAGGAAUCAGGGGGUGCUGACACGGCUACUGUGUUGGACGUGGCUGCGGACGGCCUCCUCACAGGGCUGGUGAGCAUCCUGGAUCCCCCAGAUACCUGGGUUCCCAGCCACCUGGACCUGCGGCCUGGCGAGAGCGAGGACAUGCUGGAGCUGGUGGCCGAGGUCCGAAUUGGGGAUAGGGAUCCGAUCCCUCUUCCCGUGCCCAGCCUGCUGCCCCGUCUCAGGGCCUGGAGGACGGGCAAAACAGUUUCUCCACAGUCUCACUCUUCUCGACCUACCUGUGCCCGCCACCUCCUCACCUUAGGCACCGGAGACGGGGGCCCUGCCCCACCCCCUGCCCCCUCCUCUGCAUCCUCCUCGCCUUCCCCUUCCCCCUCAUCAUCCUCCCCUUCCCCGCCUCCCCCACCACCACCGCCGGCUCCUCCAGCCCCUCCGGCCCCCAGGUUUGAUAUCUAUGACCCCUUCCACCCCACCGACGAGGCCUAUUCCCCACCGCCAGCUCCGGAGCAGAAGUACGACCCCUUUGAGCCCACUGGCUCCAACCCUAGCUCAUCAGCGGGGACCCCCUCACCUGAGGAGGAGGAAGAAGAAGAACGGCGACGGCGGCGCUCGGCUUCCCCGCCCCCAGCCACCUCCUCGUCGUCGUCCUCCAGGCGCGAGCGGCACCGCGGCAAGCACCGGGAUGGUGGCGGCAGCAAGAAGAAGAAAAAGCGGUCGCGGUCCCGGGGUGAGAAGCGGACUGGGGACAGUGAGAAGGCCCCUGCCCCAGCCCCACCACCCUCCGGUUCCACCUCCUUGGGCGGAGAACGCGACAGCCGCCGCCGUGGAGCCGUGCCGCCCUCCAUCCAGGACCUCACGGACCACGAUCUCUUCGCCAUCAAGCGGACCAUCACCGUGGGCCGGCCGGACAAGCCUGACCCCCGAGGCCCCUCACCGGCCCCCACCUCGUCGCCUAAGCGCGAGGUCCUGUACGACUCGGAGGGACUGAGCGCCGAGGAGCGGGGUGGCAAGAGCAGUGAGAAGGACCGGCGCCGCUCUGGGGCUGCCUCCUCCUCCUCUUCCUCCCGGGAGAAGGGAUCCCGGCGGAAGGCGCUGGAUGGUGGGGAUCGGGACAGAGACAGGGACAGAGAUAGGGACAGGGACAGGUCAUCCAAGAAGGCCCGGCCCCAGGAGUUGGCGCCCUCCUCAGGGCCCCCGCCAAAGCCACCCAUCAGCAGUGGCUCAGGUUCCUCAUCCUCCUCAUCCUCCUCUUCCUCCCGGAAGGUGAAACUGCAGUCCAAGGUGGCGGUGCUGAUCCGAGAAGGCGUCAGCAGCACCACACCGGCCAAGGAGGCCACGUCUGCCAGCUUGGGCUCCAUCGGAGUCAAGUUCAGCCGAGACCGAGAGAGCCGCUCCCCCUUCCUCAAGCCAGACGAGCGGGCCCCUGCUGAGGUGGCCAAAGCAGCUCAGGGCAGCACCAAACCCAAAAAGACCAAGGUGAAGGCCAAGGCUGGGGCCAAGAAAGCCAAGGGGACCAAGGGAAAGACCAAGCCAUCCAAGACCAGGAAAAAGCUCCGCAGUGGGGGCAACAGUGGGGGCAGCAGCGGCCCUGUGACACUGAAGAAGUCCAAGGCAGAUAGCUGCAGCCAGGCUGCGGGAGCCAAGGGGGCUGAGGAGACUUCCUGGUCCGGGGAGGAGCGGGCAGCCAAGGCCCCGAGCACCCCACCCCCCAAGGCAGCCCCUCCACCCCCGGCACUCACGCCGGACUCACAGACUGUGGAUAGCAGCUGCAAGACGCCCGAGGUCUCCUUCCUGCCAGAGGAGGCCACUGAGGAGGCUGGGGUCCGAGGUGGGGCGGAGGAGGAGGAAGAGGAAGAAGAGGAGGAGGAAGAAGAGGAGGAGGAGGAGGAACAGCAGCCCGCCACCACCACUGCCACCAGCACGGCUGCAGCCGCUCCCAGCACGGCCCCGAGUGCGGGGUCCACAGCUGGUGACUCAGGGGCGGAGGAUGGGCCAGCUCCCCGUGUCUCCCAGCUGCCCACACUGCCCCCGCCCAUGCCCUGGAACCUGCCUGCUGGUGUGGACUGUACUACCAGUGGUGUCCUGGCCUUGACCGCACUUCUCUUCAAGAUGGAAGAAGCCAAUCUGGCAAGCCGAGCAAAGGCCCAGGAGCUGAUCCAGGCCACCAACCAGAUCCUCAGCCACAGGAAGCCACCUUCAAGUCUGGGGGUGACGCCAGCUCCUGUACCCACCUCUCUGGGUCUGCCCCCAGGCCCCUCCAGCUACCUGCUCCCUGGCAGCCUCCCCCUGGGGGGCUGUGGCUCUACCCCUCCCACCCCCACCGGGCUGGCUGCGGCGUCUGACAAGAGAGAGGGCAGCAGCAGCUCCGAGGGACGUGGGGACACAGACAAGUAUCUGAAGAAGCUGCACACACAGGAGCGGGCAGUGGAGGAGGUGAAGCUGGCCAUCAAGCCGUAUUAUCAGAAGAAGGACAUCACCAAGGAGGAGUACAAGGAUAUCCUGAGGAAGGCCGUCCACAAGAUCUGCCACAGCAAAAGUGGGGAGAUCAACCCGGUGAAGGUGAGCAACCUGGUGCGCGCCUACGUCCAACGCUACCGCUACUUCCGCAAGCACGGCCGCAAGCCUGGGGACCCCCCUGGGCCCCCACGGCCACCCAAGGAGCCAGGGCCCCCUGACAAGGGCGGCCCUGGCCUGCCCCUGCCCCCUCUCUGAGCUCCCCAGCCACCCCUUUCCUCCUUCGCCUCUUUGAAAUUCCGGACAUAUUUAUGGCUCCACCUCCCUAAUUCCCUCCCCCGACAGUGGGAUGAUUGGGGGAGGGUUGCUGCGGGAAUGAGGAGAGCCCCCUACCCAGCCCCAGUCCCAUCUCCCUCAACCCUAGCCUGUCCCCUUCCCCCACCCCCCCGUUCGUGCCCCUCCUCCAAUUUCAUUAAAGAUUUCAUGAAAUGUUA